AUGAUUUCGGAAGCGCGCAAGUCGCCAGGCCGGGUGCGCCAUCGCGGAGCAAGGCCAGCCGCCCCGGGCCCGAGCUCGGCUCACUUUCCUCGGACGCCCCGAAGCGGAGCCAGGGCUCCGUUUAGCCACAUCGACUCUAGUUUCAGCAGCUGCCUCCCGCCUGCGCUGGCUCGGACCCGGCCUCCCUCCCCAGGGAGAGCGAGGGAGCGAAAACUCAACCUUCACCCUGGACCUCAGAUCGAAGGUGUGGUUCAGGACCACCGUAGAGAAACCGUUGCUUCUCUUGGCCAAGCCGGCCCGCGCUUUGCAGCCCCAGAAGCGCUAGGUGCGGUCGGCGCGGGGGAGAGGGCGUGGGGAGUCGCCGCCCUUCUCGCACCCCGCGCCGCGCUCUCUCUCGGGUCCUCCAGCGACCUCGGCUCGCCCCCUAACACUCUCGCGAGGAAGGCUGCCCGGGGCCAAAGGGGACUUGGGCCGAGGCCGGAGCCAGACGGCACCGCGGGACUCGGGAGCCGGAGCAAGGCGGUGGCUCGGACCCCGUUUCUGAAAACCCUCGACUUCCCCAGGAUUUGUCAAGUCCUAAGCAGCUCCAAGAAGGCUCCGCGAGCUUUCGGGGAAACCCACUGUGUGGCUCACCCCAGUUGGUUUCGCUCUAGCCCUCGCCUUCCUCCCCUCUCCAGAUCCACCACCCUCCUUAGGUCGCGGGUCCUGCGGGCUGAGCCCGCCAAGCCAACAGAAGCGCGGUUUUAGGCAGAGCGAAGGAGCCCCCUGCUGGCCAGACGCGGCAGGCACGGCGACCCCGCUCCAGGUUUCCUUCGCCGGGCGGCCGGGGCCCCGCCCUGACCCACCGCGACCCUCCUGCGCCCCCAGCGCUGGGGCGUGUCCAAAGAAACCGAAAUCAAAACAAAACAAAGCGCCAAAAGCCACUCUCACCUGUGGACUGCUCAGAGAUGGAUGGCAAUAUUUGACCUCCUAAUUCCUGAAAGGAAGGGAAUGAGGCUGUUACGGAGUGAGAGCAGAUAUCUCUCUUUUAUAUCCACCAAUCCAGGAGAUCUGAGCUGGUCUUAGAGUUAGAACACUUCGAAAGAUAAUAACAGCAGCUAUAAUAAUAAAAACUCAACAGGAAAGUAAAGCUGAGAAGAUUUAUUUACUUGACCAAAGUGACAACAGGUGGUAACCGGAAGAGCAAGGACCUGAGCUCAGGCAGUAGAAGAAUUAUCUUGAGAGAUCAUGCUCAUUGUAUUGAAUUCAGUCUGGUAAUAAACUAAUAUUUUUGGUUUGCAUUUUAGUCUUUCAUAGCAAACAGAAAAGAUCAUCUUUUCUGAAAAGAGGACAUUUGGUAAACGGGAAGUAUCUGUUCUGAAAAAUGCCUUCCCUAUCCCCAU